CCGACAAAACCCGCAGCAAUAUAUUAAAAAAUUAAUAUUUUAAUAUAUUGUUGUGGUUAUUAUCAGAAACCGCAACAAUAUAUCUAACAAAAAAACAAAACCCUAAAUAAUCUAAGUUAAGUGGGCGCCUCUCUCCCUCUCAAAUAUCCUCCUCUCUCUCUCGUAAACCCUAAAAAAAUGCUCCAGCCGCUCUCUCUCUCUUCCCUCUCUCUUUUUUCUCCUUCUCUCUCUCUCCUGUAAACCUCCGGUCAUCAUCCCUCUCUCUCACUCCCGGAAAUCUCCCUCUCUCUCUUCCUUUUCGUUCGUCCUUCGUUCCACCAACCUUCAUCGGCCGUUUGUUCCACCAACCUUCGUCAACCGUUCGUUCGUCGGUCUUAUCAACGUACCAACGCCUGCUACGGUCCUACUUCGCACAACGAUGAUCCCCUUCUUCGCUCGUUUGCUUCUUCUGUUCAAGGACGAUGCGAUUUUGAGAAGCUAUGAAGACCAUAGUCCAAGUACCCAGUCGCUCGUUUGCUUCUUCAAUUCGACGAUGACGAAGACCAAGAAAGUGGAAAUGGGGAUGGCGACUCGUUUGCCUCUUCAGUUCGACUCGACGAAGAUCAGAUCUUCCUGAAAUUUGAAGGUGCAUACCGGGAAGGGAAAAAUUCAAGCUUUAAGUGCCAAAAAGUUCAAGAAGCAAGGCCAUUUUCUUCAAUCAAGGAAACAAUAAGUGUAUUGAAUGUUUUGGCAUAAGCUGAUUUUUGUUCUAUAAACCUGUCCUGGUGGGGCAGACUCUUGUGCAAGAAUUAGCAAGCUAAGCUAGGCAGAUGGAAAGCUCUAGAGAAGUAAUAUCCCAACAAUCAUAGUGAUACAUUUGUGAUAUGAUCAUUUUCUAUAAGUAAUAUGAAAUGGAUUAGUAAUUAUGUAGAGUUCUAGUUCUGUUAGAAUUCUAUGUAAUUUAGGGUUUUAUUUAAGUAAGUGUUUAAAUGAUAAAGGAAUCCUAUUAUAAGUAGGAGUCUAAUUCCUUAUCAUUGAGUCUUAAUCAUUAUUAGGUUUAGGCGUGUGAUUAGGCUAGUUAUCUUUUAUCUUUAAGCUUUACUAGUCCUAGUAGGUUUAGGAAAGUAUUGUAGUAUAUAUAGGCUAUUCGGCCAUCUUAAAUAAAGUAGAGAAGUUUUAGAUUAAAGUGUUAAGCUUGUGCUUGCAUAGAACUGAGUGUUCAAAUACACAAACCGCGACUUUGUGUGAUCUUGGAGCUGAGACUCACAAGAGAACCUCUUAAACUGCGAUUUAAGAGCCUAUCCCUUCUAUUCUUUUUGUUGUUCGUCCAUAAAAUUAUAAAAACACAAAAAUAGUUCGAACCGCCAACAAAAAUCACAUCAAGUGGUAUCAGAGCAGGGUACCUUGCAACGGGGCGUGAAGACGCGUUCGGUCUUGAAAUCGUGAUUUUUUUUGUUCUGUGUAAAGCUAACAUACAGAGCUACGUUGUGUUAAUAUUUCAGCCCAAUCCCAUUUAUAACGAAGCCGCAGCGAUCGCAAACUUUUGACGAAAAUUCCAGACAGAUUGGUAUGGGGUCCGAUAUGGAAAAGUUGGAUGCUUUGCUUCAAAGACUUGAAAAGAACGAGGCUAGGAGUGAUAACUAUGCCAAACACAUACUCCAACUUCAUGGGGAGAUUGAAAAACUCACUUUGGAGAAGGGAGAACGCCAAGGCAGGAGUGAAUUGAUCAAGCUUGGAGACCUUCCCGAGUUUAAUGGAUUGAAAGAUCCUCAAGCCUAUUUAAAUUGGGAAAGGAGAACCAAAAGAAUGUUUGAUCACAAGGAAAUGGAUGAGUUACAACGUUUUUCUCAUGCUAUUCUAUGGCUUACAGAUUAUGCCUCGGAUUGGUAUGAUUCCUUUCAAGUGCAAAGGGUGCGAGAAGGGAAGGAAAAGAUCAAAACUUGGACUGAAUUGAAGCUGAAGAUGAGGAAACGAUUUAUUCCCAAGUCUUAUAAGCAAGAACUCUAUCUUAGACUCAAUUCCUUUCAGCAAGAUCACCGUUCUAUUGAAGAAUAUGUGACUGAGUUUGAGAAGCUCUACCUUGCGUGUGGAUGUAAGGAGGAGGAAGAGCAAAAGAUGGCAAGGUUGUUGAGUGGUAUGGCUAAACCUAUAGCUAAUUGCGUGGAACUCCAAAAACACUUUGGAUGAGUUGUGUCAACUAGCUACGAAGGUGGAAAGACAGCAAAAGGAGGCUAAGGGUAAGAGCACUCGUUUUUCUUUCACUCCUAAAACUGAAACUUCUUCUUCUAUUGUAAAGACUGAAACUUUCGACAAGGGGAAGGAAGGUUAAGAGGAAUUUAAAACCCCUCCUAAUGCGGCUGGUCAAAAAGGGAUGAGGGAAAGGGUAUGCUUUAAGUGCUAAGGGCAAGGGCAUAUUGCGAAACAAUGCCCUAAUAGGAUGUUGAUUACUUUGGAGGAGCGUUUUGCCUUGUUGACACAACAAAUGGAAGAGGCGUCGGGGGAGAAAGCUAGGGAAGAUGAAAGAAGUCCUGAAGCAACGUUGCAUGACAUGGCAGAUCCAUCCUUUUGGGCUGCAAGUCCUAUCUAUGAACCAGAGGCCAAAAGAGGAUUGAUUGUGCGAAGGACGUUGGUGGCAGCACCCUUAGAAGAUGCAACAGAUGAGCAACGUGAGAACUUAUUCGAGUCUAGGUGUUUGAUCAAUGGUAAGGUUUAUAAUUUCAUCAUAGAUUCAGGUUCUUGCACCAAUGUUGUAGCACUUUCCUUGGUGGAUUCAUUGGAGUUACCUACGCAAGAUCAUCCUAAACCAUAUAAGCUCAGUUGGUUGAAUGAUGAUGGAGGUGUGCGUGUGAAGAAGAGGGCUUUGGUAGGUUUUCGAGUGGGGGGUUAUAUGGAUAAGAUGUGGUUUGAUGUGGUUCCAAUGACGGCUUGCUCGUUGCUCCUAGGGAGCCCGUGGCAAUAUGAUCGACAAGUGCUACACCAUGGUCGAGAUAAUGUGUAUUCGGUGCUCGUAGAUGGUGCUCGUGUGGGCCUCAAGCCAUUGCCGCCCAAGAGAAGCUUGAUUCCUAUGCCUAAGGAGAGUGCAUCGAGUGUCCAAGAUGGUGGUGGUCAUGUUUGCCUACAAUCAUGUCGAGACGAGAUGCUAGAGACCGCAAGCACCAAGAAGGCAAGAAGGGCUAGUGUGCUGCAUCUUCGGCAAGACUCACGCCUAAGUGAAGGGGACUAUGUGUGGCUUUCCCUUAGUGCUCAAAAGCUGCACAUUGAUCAUAAGAAUGAUGAACCAAUGGAUGAGGGUCCUUUCAAGGUUGUUAAGAAGCUUGGGUUCGACACAUACAAGGUUCAAUUGGGGCGUGGCAUAUGUGCAACACUUGGGGGAGUUGAUUUGGUGCCUUGUUUAGAAGACCCUUGAGGACAAGGAUGUUUUCAAGAGGGAGAGGAUGAUACAUUUGUGAUAUGAUCAUUUUCUAUAAGUAAUAUGAAAUGGAAUAGUAAUUAUGUAGAGUUCUAGUUCUGUUAGAAUUCUAUGUAAUUUAGGGUUUUAUUUAAGUAAGUGUUUAAAUGAUAAAGGAAUCCUAUUAUAAGUAGGAGUCUAAUUCCUUAUCAUUGAGUCUUAAUAAUUAUUAGGUUUAGGCGUGUGAUUAGGCUAGUUAUCUUUUAUCUUUAAGCUUUACUAGUCCUAGUAGGUUUAGGAAAGUAUUGUAGUAUAUAUAGGCUAUUCGGCCAUCUUAAAUAAAGUAGAGAAGUUUUAGAUUAAA